AUGUAUUUUAAUGAGUGCUCAAGCCCCAUUGCAAACUUGCGGGUGUGGAACAUAGUCAAAAUUCGUUUGCAUGAAGAAAAGGUGGUUAAAGGUGGUCAGACUGGUGCUAGGGGUGGUGCUUAUAAAUAUAUCAUAGAAUCGCAGAAUGAUUGUCUGAGGUACUUUGAUAUUACAGUUGAAGACUGUUUAAGUAUCUGGAAAGGGAGUGUCUUUGUUCAAACACAGAUUGCACAAGAAGUUCCUGAAAACCUGUCUCUUCGUAUCCCCAGAAUAGCCAAAACUGACAUUGGUGUGUGUGAUGUUCAUCUUGUCAAGACUAUGAGAAGACACAGAAAUGAAGUUACAAUUGAAUUGCGGAAGAACAAAAGAGAUGAACAUCUUUUGAAAAAAAGAAAUGUACCCCAAGAAGAAAGUUUAGAAGAUUCUGAUGUUGAUGCCGACUUCAAAGCACAAAACGUAACACUAGAAGCUAUACUGCAGAAUGCCACAAGUGACAACCCAGUGAUCCAACUGAGUGCUGUCCAGGCUGCAAGAAAACUCCUAUCCAGUGACAGAAAUCCACCUAUCGAUGACUUAAUAAAAUCAGGAAUUUUACCAAUUCUGGUAAAAUGCCUAGAAAGGGAUGAUAAUCCUUCAUUACAAUUUGAAGCUGCAUGGGCAUUGACUAACAUAGCAUCAGGCACUUCUGCACAGACUCAAGCUGUUGUACAGUCUAACGCAGUACCCCUCUUCUUGAGACUACUUCAUUCACCACACCAGAAUGUUUGUGAGCAAGCUGUCUGGGCUCUCGGAAAUAUUAUAGGUGAUGGUCCUCAGUGUAGAGAUUAUGUCAUAUCACUGGGAGUUGUCAAACCUCUUCUGUCCUUCAUCAAUCCCUCCAUUCCCAUCACCUUCCUUCGGAACGUCACAUGGGUCAUUGUAAAUCUCUGCAGGAAUAAGGACCCUCCACCGCCUAUGGAGACAGUUCAGGAGAUUUUGCCAGCAUUGUGUGUUCUCAUUUACCAUACAGAUAUAAACAUUCUUGUGGACACUGUGUGGGCUUUGUCCUACUUGACAGACGGUGGAAAUGAACAGAUACAAAUGGUGAUUGAUUCAGGAGUUGUACCUUUUCUAGUUCCCCUUCUGAGUCAUCAGGAGGUUAAAGUUCAAACAGCAGCACUGAGAGCAGUAGGCAACAUAGUAACUGGUACUGAUGAACAGACACAAGUUGUUCUCAAUUGUGAUGUUUUGUCUUAUUUCCCAAAUCUCCUGACGCAUCCAAAAGAGAAGAUAAACAAGGUAUGAUUUGUUUCCUCC